GCCGGUCAGACUUCCAUCGAUACCCACCCCGCCCGAGCGCCCAAAGGCAAGACCUCGAGAAAAUCGGGGUACAGAUCAUCGCCACUCUCUAUACAGUCGCAGCCACGAGAGCCAGCGACCGCCACCUUUGCAGGCAGGUCGAGAGUAAAAAAAGGAUCUCACUGUAGGGUACCGAGGAUAUCGUUCAUCAACCCGGGGAACACAAAAGAGGACGAAUACUAUAGAAAUGAUUCUCUGAAGUAUUGUCGACAUGAAGAAAAAAAAGAGAAAAGAAAAAUCCAAAAGCUGGCCGCCUCGAUGCGCUUAAAUACUCGGUGGAUGUGGUCUGUGCACGUCUGCAAAUUUUCACUGUGCAGAUGCUUGCACGUGACCAAAGGCUGGGCGGAUCCACCGCGAGCUUCCGAUCUCCCAUUCUUGCUUGGCUGGUUGGGAUAA